AUGAGUCAUUAAGGAGUACUGUCAUCCAAGUAAUAAGAAGCAGCCUUUUAGAAAAUUCUAAAAAAGCAAUGUAAUGCAAUUUGUGCAGAUUGUUCAUCAAAAUCUCCAACUUGGGCAUCUUUAGAUUUUGGAGUUUUUGUAUGUUAUAAUUGCUCAGGUAAAAUAAUAAAUAAAUUUAUUUUAGGAUAACAUAGAGCAUUAGGAUAAAAUAUAACUAGAGUGAGAUCAACAAAAUUAGAUUGUUGGACUUAAGAAAACGUUGAUAUGAUGGAUACUUUGGGAAACGAUUAAAAUGAGUAAAUUUAUAGUGAAUAAAAUUAGGUAUUGGGAAAGCAGAUUGCAAAAAAAUUAUAAGAUACAACCCUCUGCUACUCCAGAAGAAAUUAAACUUUUUGUAUAGGAAAAGUAUGUUAAAAGAACUUGGGUAAAGUAGGGUCAGGCUGACCCGAAAACUAGAUAUACAUAAUGUCUUAUGAGUGGAGUGCCUUUUAGAGUUUCAAAAACUAAUACAUUUUUUAGUGAAAAUGGUACCCAAGGAUAGCAAAUGAAAAAUGAUUUGAAACAAUUCCAUUCUACCUAAUAUUAAGGAAUAUAAAGAAAUAAUAGGUAAUUUAGUAUAGACUCCAAAUAAAUAUAGAAAGAAGCUAAUCUAAUCUCUCCAGAUAAGGGUAAAGAGUUUGAUUGGAAUUCCUUUAAUCAUUUUUCUACUUUUUCUGGUAUACCACAUAAUCACACAUUUUAAACUAAUCAAUAAGAAAUACCUCCUAAAAAACAAUAACAAAAUGAAGAUCAACCAUUAAGUUUCAAAGCAAAACAUAAUAAUUUAAAUGAAUUUGAUUUACUAACAUAUUCAAUCUAAGCUGAUAAUUAAUAAUUUUUAUCACAUAAUCCAACACAUUCCUCGUCAUAACAAUAAUCAAUUCAUUCUUAAUUUAAUACUUACAAUCCAUAAUUAAAUACAACAACUUAAUCUUUGGCCUAAGUUUAAAAACAGGCUUAAAUAUAAUCAUAAUAACAAAGUAAUUAAUAAAUAAAUUAGUAAUAAUAACAAUUCUAAUUGUUAAAUUUGGAAAAUAAUACUUUUGGAUCUAAUAAUUAGUAAUAAUUUUGGGGAUAAUAAUCAUAUUAAUAACCAUAAUAGCAAUAACCUUAAUAAUAUAAUUAAGCAAGUAGUAAGCCACCACUUCCAGGAAAAUAAAAUGGUUAAGUUAAUAAUCAAAAUACAAAUUAGAAAUAACCUUAAAUAUAACAAUAAUAGAUGAUUAAUUAAAAUAAUUAUCAAACUGUUAAUUGUAAUCAAUAAUAAGGAUAAUAAUAAUUACUUUACUAAUAAUAAUAAGGAUAACAAUAAUUACUUUACUAAUAAUAAUAAUAAAAAUAAUAAUAAUAAUAAUAAUAAUAAUAAUAAUAAUAAUAAUAAUAAUAAUAAUAAUAAUAAUAAUA